UUGCACUUCUGUUGAGAAACAAAACACUUUGAAUUGCAAUCAAAAUCUUAAAGAUACUCAAACUAAAGAGUCCACAAAUAGUGUCCCAAAGUGUCACUCAAAAUCAAGUGACGACGACAUCGAAAUUGUUUACAUGAAAGCCCCGGAGUCUGAAGAAAUCCUUAGGAAAGUUAAAGAAUUACAACUUCCGCUCAAUUUCUACGACUACGAGACUAUGGAGCCGUGUAAGGGGUGUCGGGGCUGUCGAGACGAUGACUACUACUUUAAGACCGACUCUAAACCACAAGUUAAGGAUCAUUCAAACCCUGACGACUCGAACUCCAAUAGCUUAUUCAGAUCGGCUAUCGCUGCCACAAAUGUUAGUCAAUCUGAAUGGAAAACUAAUAGUAGUCCGAAGUCAUGGAUGACUAAGCCCCUAUACUGUCAAAGGGCUAAACUCUAUCGCUUUGAUCCCACUCUCAAGGAAUGGAAAGAGCGAGGAAUCGGUGACUUCAAGAUUUUGAAACACAAGUCCAAGAAUCGCUAUCGAAUGAUUCUAAGGAGAGAUCAGAUUCUGAAGAUUGCAUGCAAUCAUUACAUCACACCUGCGGUGACACUGAAUCCAAUGAACACGAGUGAAACAGCCAUUUGUUGGUAUGCUAUCGACUAUAGCGAUGGAAGUCCUGCCAAACAACAGUUUGCGCUCAAACUGAAAAACAAAGAUCUUCUCAAAGAAUUCAUUAAAUUGUUUGAAGACUGUAAAAGCAAUUUAGAAAACAGUGAAUACGAUAACUCAGACAAUGAGGACAGGAGUCGUGCCGAUGAGGACACCGAUGCUGAAGAAGAUCAACAAAAUUAAAUUCUUACAAAUAGAUUAUGAAUAAAUGUUAAUUCAAUUCUUUUUCAGUUCAUUUCAAAACUAUAAACUCUGUAAAAAUACUAAUCGUUUGAAUUAAGUUUUAAUAACAAAUCUUUUUCUAAUCA